AUGCAUGCUUCAGAUACACUUUCUCGCACGGAGACCUGGCGUCUCUUGCUUCUUGCGGGAGCUGGGCUCGGCAUCCUAGUCAACACCUUCCAAGGUGAUGGCGCGCCAUUGAUUGCCUCUGGCAGUCUUGCAGUCAUUGCUUUUGCGAUAACAUACAGCAUGAUUCGAUGGCUUGGGCCGGUAUUCAUUAAGGCGGGUCUGAAAGGAAAAGAUAUGGCAAAACCAAGGAGACCUGAAAUACCAGAAACAAUGGGAGCGGUGUGCGCUGUUAUCUACCUGCUAUCGCUUAUUGUAUUCAUCCCCUUUGCCUUUUACAAGGACAUUGUGGCUGCCACUUCGGGUGGUGGAAAUCGAGACGUAGUGAUUGAAGAUCAACACAUCGAAACCGGACGUUACCUACACAGAUUUCCUCAUGGGAAGCUCGCAUCAUACCUGUCGGGGCUUCUAUCCCUGCAGACUAUCAUUAUUCUAGGCAUUGGAGACGACCUGCUUGACAUUCGCUGGAGACACAAAGUCCUCAUUCCAGCAUUUGCAUCAAUCCCAAUGCUCAUUGUGUACUUUGUUGAUUUUGGCGUGACACAAGUCGUCGUGCCGGUCCCGCUGCAACGAUACCUGGGUGAUUUUAUUGACCUCGGGUCCUCGUACUACAUGUACAUGGCGGCCAUCGCGAUUUUUUGCCCCAACGCCAUCAACAUGCUGGCAGGUAUCAAUGGCAUUGAGGUAGCCCAGUCGCUCGUUAUUGCAGUUCUCCUGCUUUUCAAUGAUGCGAUGUACCUCGCGCCCGUCACGCCAUACCCUCAUCCGGCUACCGACUCCCACUUGUUCUCGAUCUAUUUCUUGCUUCCAUUUAUUGGAGUUUCAGCGGCACUCCUGUGCCACAACUGGUAUCCUUCCAAGGUAUUUGUAGGUGAUACCUACUGUUACCUUGCGGGCAUGGUCUUCGCCGUUGUCGGUAUAUUGGGACAUUUCAGUAAGACGUUAUUAUUACUAUUUGUCCCACAGAUCUUCAACUUUUUAUACUCCACGCCGCAACUAUUCCACCUUAUUCCUUGCCCGCGACACCGACUUCCAAAAUUCAAUGCAUCCACUGGGUUAUUGGAUGCCUCGGUAACUGAGUGGGCUGUUCCUCCCGCGCCCUUGAUCGCCACUGCGCUAGAUCUUCUCCAUAUAUUACGACUGGCGCGGGUGACUAAGGAUGAAAAUGGCCAAAUAGUCGAGUCGACAAACCUGACCCUCCUCAAUCUUUGGCUACAGUGGAUGGGUCCCAUGAGAGAGGAUCGACUUGCCUGGCACAUGGUUGCUGUUCAGACUUUCUGUGGGGCGGUUGGGCUCUUUGUCCGACAUCGAUUGGCCUUGCUUGUCUUCGAUCAUGACAAUCGAAUGUUUCAAUAUCUCAUGUAG